UCGCCUGUGAAAACGCGCUAAGCGAUGGAUGACUGAUUGGUAAAACCAAUAAUCUGAAAUUCUAAUAGAACGCUUAGAAGGAAGUCAUUGAUACGACUUGCUCGUUUUAUCCGCGCGUUUGUAUCACAGAACGUGAGCAACAUAUCGCAUCGCCGAUCAAGGAUAACGAGCGGAUAACCGCGAAGGCCAGAUGGAGUACUUUAAUGCACGCGUAGAAUCAAGAGAUCGAAUUUUCAGAUUCAUUAUUGUCAAUAAAUAUCGCGAUAUUUUUAUCGCUCAUUUACUAAUCAAUCCAGCUGUCUCAAUCGCGCACCGAUAUUACACUAAUCUUAUAUUAUGCAAAAAAAUAAUUCCGUGCAACCACAAUAUUGCGUUGUUCCAAGUUUUUUUUUGCUACAAAAAGAAUUGAAAAUUUUUCCAAACAGAUCAAUACAUCGCUAUUCACAGAUAUCGAGCUUUAUUCAUCAAUUCUUUACGCUCAACAGUCCUUUCUCGCACUGCCAGCGUCGGGUAAUGAUAUUCCUCUUUGCUUGUUAUGUUGAUGCGUGGCGCACGCGCUAAAAAGCAAUUGGAAGACUGAUAGCAGCGAGCCGCGGCAGUCUAGCGCGAGCUAUCGCUCAGGAGACACCCGUAGGAGUUUCACUUGUUCCGAACGGACAAGAAGAAAAUGCCCGGCAACCGUCAGCCUGAUUCCCUGGAGGGUCUUAGUUUGGGACGCGUGUGCCGGCAGCUCGACGGGACGUGCCGGCGCCUGCAGACGCUCUCGCAGCAGUCGUCCACGGCUCAGGCGCUGGACUUGGCGAAGCGCACGAUCAGGCCGUACUACGUGAACGCACUGUCAGCUCACUUGCGCUCCCAGGUUAUCGAGGAGACGCUGAGAAUGCUGUGCAGCCCGUCGGCCGACGGGUCGACGCUCGUCUCGCCGCCGACCGCCGUGUAUCUGCUCGCCCUGCUCCUCGCGCGCGACAUCAAGCGGCUGAGGGUCCACCUGUGCUGCUACUACGGCUGCAGCCAUCAGACGUUUCUGCUGAAGCUGCUCGCCUCGGAGGGCGUCGGGCUCGAGUCCCUCGACCUCGCCCGCUCCGCCCUGCUGCGCCUCGACUGCAAGCUGCUGCACUCGGCGCUGCUGAACAUGAGGAGCCUGUCGAGUCUGACGCUUCGGAAUAUCGCCAGCGACCUGGUGCUGCAGAUCGUCGGCAGGGCCUGCCCGGGGCUCGUGAUCCUGGACGUCGCCUGCUCGAGACAGGUGACGGACGCGGGGCUGAAGCAGCUGCUGCUGCAGGUGGAGCUGCGGGACAAGGUCGCGGGACACGGAUCGAGGAUACGGUCGCCCCAGGAGUGCACGAGCUGGUCGCGGCUCAAGAGGCUGCUCGCCACGUGGAAGACGAAGAACGCGAAGUCCAGGGGCAAAGAGAGGGACGUGCUGCUGGAGUACUGCGAGAGCAGGAACUCGCUGUGCGACACGCUGCGCGUGCUGAAUGUCGCGAACACCGCCGUGACCAGCGCGGGCGUGCUGCUCGCUCUCAUGCACAUCCCGCAGUUGGCGUCCCUGGCGCAGUACAGCCACAUGGGCCGAGUGGUGGAGCUGAUGAGCGAAGAGUUCGUCGACCUGAGCACGCCGCUCAGCCUGACGCAGGCGAGAAGCUGCAGAACGACGCCCGCCCGGCUCAAGCUUCUGGCGCGGGCGUGCCCGAAGCUGACGAAGCUGCACAUCUCCGACCCGCAUCACUCGCCCGAGGCGCUGCGGCUCUUCUCGCGCGUCACCUCGCUGAGCGUGCACGGCGUGCCGGCCGAGCGGGAAUGGCUGGACGGCUUUCACAGUUAUCUUCGCGCGCACGGCCGGAAUUUGCGCGAGCUCAGCUUUCGGAUGGCGCAGAGCGAGAGCGGCUCCUUGCAGGUGGAUUUGAGGGAGGUUUUGAGCAACUGCUCCAACCUGCACACGCUCGUCGAGGACGGACCGAGCGUGGUUUGGAGCGACGGACACGAUCCACCGCCUCUGAGACGCUUGAGAAGAAUUCAACUGGGACGCGCGGUGAACGCGUCGGCGAUCACGAAAGUGCUUUCGCUGGCACCGGAGCUAACGGCGCUCCACGUUCACAGUUGUCUCGACUUGACGAACGAGCACUUGGAGCGAUUGCUAAAGCCGCCGGUCAAAUCCAGAAGCGGCUGCAAAUUAGACAAGUGUGUGGAGAGUCUGCAGAAUUUGACGUGUUUCUACAUUUACGAGGCGAGUCGGAUAUCGGCAAUCACUGUACUGAAUACGUUCCACAGUUGCAAACAAUUGAAACGGUUUGGUAAUCUGACGAAUUGGAACAUGAACUGCGAAGAUGCGAAAAUACUGAAAGCGACUCUAACGCGAGCGGAUAUAAAUGUGGAUUUGUGCUCCGGCUCGCACUGGUUUUGGAAUAAUUGCAUUCAAUGAUUCGAUGAAGAUCGGAAAAGCGCUACUUUUUCGUUCAAUUGUUCUUUUCGUCUGCAAUAAUUACAAACAAAUUGGAUAUCCAUCGCUUUGCGCAGUUGUUAUUUAUUAAUAACGUGGCAGAUUUUGAAAUUCGAGUCGCAUUAUAUCAGAAAUGCAUUACUGACGUGACAAAAUUGUCAAUUCGACGAGCGUGCGGAAAGGAAUGCGGCCUCAAAACCCAGUUGCCUGACUUCGUAUGAUAAUCAAUAUAUGUAAUGAUAAUAUAUUGAAAACUUACCUCUACUAAACCGUGUGAUUGCAACAGAAGAUUAAUAAGCUUAGUGUCUGUUUGAAAGAUCUUGUAGGUCAUAUGUAACUGUUUUGCGGGUGGAUCUUCUGGCGGCGUGGCUAAAGCGGAAUAUCUGAAGGACAAAUAGAAUUGUUGAAAAAGAAUUAAGGCUCGUAUAAAAACAAUUGAAGUAUAGGAAAGGAGAUAACAAGCCAGGGCCAAAUGUUUUUUUUUUUUGCAUAUAUUACAAUCUUCUUUAACUCAGCACAAACGUUUCAAUCAUGAUAUGAUGAUCAUCUUCAAUAUGUAGCGACGGAGGUCACGAACUCUGAGGCUAUGAAACUCAAUAUUAUUCAGAAUGUUAAUAUUUCGGCUGAUAACGAACAAAUGUUAACCGAAACGUCAGUCAAGACAUUAACAUCCUGAAUAAUAUUGAGUUUCACAGCCUGAGUUUGUGACCUCCGUCAUUACAUAUUCACAUUGAAGAUCUUAUGAUCGAAACGUCUGUGCUGAGGGAGUUGAAGAUUGUAAUAUAAUGUAAAAAAAAAAAAAAAAACAUUUGACGUUGGCUUGUUAUCCCCUAUAUUUUAAUUAUUUAAAAAGAUUUUGGCUCGGAAAAUAAGGAUAAAUAGUUCCUAAUUGUGUACAAAACUUACUUAAAGCGUAAAACAGGUGCUUUGCUUCUACUUGAUCCGCUCAAUAGCCAUUCGUUGUUUUGUACAUUUCUCGCAUUCGUUGUACUGCAAAUAAACAUUCAUGAAGCAUA